AACCUGAGAUGAACCACCACACCCUGUAUGAACAAAAGGAAGUGCGUUGAUGCAGUUAGAAAUAAUGUCUUGUUGAGCAGCAUGAAGAGAAAAACAGCGCUUUAGAUUGCAGUCUCAAGAUACAACUGACACCUGAGAUUCUUGAGACACACAUACGCAGACUAAGGAUAAGAGAUCGCGCUGCGCACAAACAUUCAGGAGGACACAAACUUCUUGAGAACGCUGCCCCGCGACCUUAUCAAGGUUAACUUCAAAGCUGCGAUGACGUCAUCGCUUUGGGAACACCCUCAGUGUGACGAAUGUCUGAAGCCCUUAUACCAUCACGCCAAUUUAUUAGCCCUUAUACCCCCACUUGUACAUAACGUAUGCUAUAUCAGCGUGCAGCGCUAUUUCAUCAGAUUUCAAUUGCUUCAGGAAGCGAAUCAUCUGUCGCCCGUUGGAAGGCGUUUUCGCCGUGUUCUCAGCUAUUUCUUCAGGGAAAAAAAGCAGUCUACUCCUCUCAAUGGACACGAUGAGCCAUAUGAAGUGCAUCGAGCCGUGUGACAGGUUCAUCACAGCAGGAGACACACAUGACAGGACAACCAUGUAUGCAGUUGUUACCUUGCAAGACUCAGAUGAGGUGAUGGUGGCACCAUCAAACUGGUUGAGCGAAGACAAAAAACAAUGUUACUGGCCUCCAUUCAAAUCAACAGGGAAGUACUUGGAAGCCGUUAAGAACCAUCUUGAGCCUUCAACAGGAAAGAAACCAUGGGAGAAAAUAGCUAUUCUGUUUCACUCAGAAUAUGGCACUUACGAGCAGGCCAAGGAAAAGCAAGCAGCAAUGACAGAGGAGAAAGAGCAACCAGUCAAAACAAGAAAACAAGUAGUAGAAACAUCUCCAUUGUCUCCUGUGUUAUCACAAUCUGCUCUGUCAGGAAUUUCCACUCAUGGCAUUUUGUCCAAAAACAUCCACCACACAAUGGUCAACAAAGGUAUUAAAAGAAAACGUGAACCAUGUGAUUUACAUACCAGUGCAAAGUUUAAUUCAGAUAUAUUCGUUUUGAAGAUGGUGAAACAGAUCAUGGCAGAAGUUAAAAUUAGAAUUCAAAACAUUAACAGCACAGUUCAAACAACAAUUGAACAAAAAAACAACAUUUUAGAUGCCAUUGCAAAAAUGAACGAUAUUAUGGAUGAAGACAACAAAAGAAAGGAAACCAUUGGUGUUUUUGGAAAGACAGGAGAAGGAAAAAGCUCCCUAUUAAAUGCAAUCUUGGGAUUAGAUUAUUUACUGCCAUCUGGUAGUUUUGGUGCCUGUACAUCUGUAGUUACUCAGGUGGAAGCCAAUCAGACUGACUCGAACUACACAGCAGAGAUUGAACUCAUCUCUAAAGAGGAAUGGGAAAAUGAGAUUUCUUCAACUGAUAGCAGGGACGAAGAAAGAAUCACUGCAGUGUAUGGAGCUGAUGCAGAUAAGAAAACACUGGAAGAACUUAAGAAAGAUGACAAAUAUGCUGAAAUUGAUAACCUUUUGUCAACCAUGAAAAAAACAAUUUCACACACUGAAGUCUCUGAAUUUAGAAAUGAUGUUGCAUGUUACAUACAACACAAUGCAUCAGGUUGUGGUGGCUGCUACUGGCCACUUGUGAAGAGCGUGACGAUCAAGAUUCCAGGUUGUCAUGAACUCCUGGAACACAUUGUGCUUCUUGAUAUUCCUGGGACUGGAGACUGCAACAAGAUAAGAGAUGACCUGUGGAAAACUAAACUGAGAGAGUGCUCUUCUGUUUGGGUUGUAAGUGAUAUAAUUCGAGCAAUCACUGACGGAGACCCCUGGGGUAUAAUACAGCACUGCAUUCAAGACUUGGGACCAGGGGGAGAGUGCAAAAACAUUAACUUCAUCUGUACCAGAACUGAUGUCAUGUAUUCAAAUGAAUAUCUAAGAUCUGAACGCCUCUCUGGAGAUGAAAUUUCUGUUUCGAACUUGAAAACAUGGUGCAUACUUCAUAGGAACAACCGUGCAAAGGAAAUUGUGAAAAAGAAGUUUGAAAAUCUUGAAAACAUGAAAUCAAAAGCCAGAUUCAUCCCUGAUGUUUUCACUGUCAGCUCCAAAACAUACUUAGAUAAAAAUCCACAUCUGGAACCGAUUAAAACAGAAAUACCAAAGCUGCAAGAAGUUCUGAAGAACACUAACAAGAGAAUUAAACAAGAACUGACCAGAGAUUAUGUUAAUGCAGCGAAGGGAGUUUUGUCCUUUGUACAAAGCAUCCAACUAGAUACAGAUGAAAAAAUGGUGGAGAUAAAAGGUCUAGUCCGUAAAAAUUUGCAGGAGAAUCUAGCAAAGGCACUGAAGGAGUUGAAUUGUCAGUUUGACUUACUUUACAAGAUUAUGGAUCAAUGUCUUUCAAAAGGUGUGGAGAAAUCAGUGAAACUGUGUGUUGACAGCAAAAACUCCAUGAUUGCAUCUGUUGCACCUAACGAUAAGAGGGGAUUCCAUAAAACCCUUCAAGCAUUGUACAAGAACAAAGGAUGCUAUUGGCCAAAAAACCGGGAUGCACCCCUAGAUCUAAACAUGUGCUUGGCCGAACACAUGCAUGACAACAUCGAUGCUGAGUUUAAUUUAAUUUUUCUUGUUGAUGACAAUAACAAAUCAGGAAUGUCAGUGCAAGAGCAGAUCGAUAAGUUUGGUAUUAUCCAAAGUGGCACUGCUUACUCACCAUCUUCCAUGUUAUAUCACAUGGAAAACUUCAUUAAAACAGAGGAAACCAAAGUGAAGGCAUUGCUCAAAAGAGAAGUUGUUGAUAGAAAGAAGAAAAUCUACUCAUCAAUCCAAACAACAAUUCAGAAUCAAAUGACUGCUGGCUAUGAACAAGCUGCAAAGUUGAAAGGAAAUAACGCCAUGAAGAAGAGGGAGAAAAAAAUAACGCAAACAAUUGAACUGUUAAAACACAGCAUGUUUAAAGAUGCAAAAAUGGAAGUGCUGAAUCAGUUCAUGGAAUUAAGGAAGCAUAUAUGCAAGACUCUUAAAUCGGAGUUAAACAGAUCAGUGGAAAGCUCACUUUCACAAACCACCAAAACCACCCUUAUGGAUGUCUCCAGUGAGAUUGAAAAGCUGGAGAGACUGUCAAGGCAGCUAUCUGACUGAGGUCAUCAUUUAAAGGAUAGGACAGUAUAUAUUGACAGGAAAACAAGUGGGAGAGAGAGAUGGGGGACAUGAUUGGGAAAAGACCACGAGCUGGGACUUGACCUCGGGUCACCCAAAGCGCAAUGACGCUACACUGUAUGUCGCAUGCUGCCCACGAGGCUAUUGCCACUGACAUGCAUUAAAUAAUGUUAAGGAAACUGGUUGAAACGAACUGUGGUAGUUGUGCUUAUGUACACAGACAGCAUAGUCUGUAUUCACAAAUCAGUAAGACUAAUCUUAAAAUAAAAACCUUCUGAUGUGAAA